AUGAAGUCUUCCGCUGUCAGCGCAUUGGCGCUCGUUUCUCUGGCAAACUGCUCUAGAAAAGCUUGCAUAGAUACUAACACAACAAGUACAGCGACGACGACGACGGCAACAGCGAGUCCUACAGAACCGUGCGCCAUUGUGAGUGCCUCUUGGGCUGCUCAGAUUAGCGCUACUCCCACACCUACCAUCGAGGCGUCAAUCGCGUACGAGUGUCUCAACUCGGUCCCAAUUGAUAAAGAUGCCGCUCUCAAAUUCGUCAAUGAGCUAGAGCCGUAUGUCGAGUGGCAGUCCGACACCGCCUUUAAGAAAAAUCCGCCAGCCGACUAUUUUUAUCCUCCUACGGAUCUUUGGGCAACGAUAGCUGACGUGAAGGCUGGCAUUACCGCAGACAAAUACCCCAACGAAUAUGCCUGGCAGUCAGACCUGUACACCAGACUCUUCGGACCAGCACACGACGGCCACUUUGUAGUUUACCCGGAUGCCUUGUCUAGCGCCCUUGAGUGGCAGAGACCAUUCGCCUUGGUGUCGGUUAGCGAGGAGGGCCCUGACGGAUCUGCGCCGGUUAUCAAGGUGUAUAACGAUGUUGUUUCUGGCGUAGAGACAGCGUCUGCGGUGAAGCUCAUCAACGGAGUAGACGCUGCCACUUAUAUCGGGGAUUGGAUUUACCAGGCUUCUGGUAACCAGGAUGCCGACGCCGCCUACAACUCCAUGUUUUUCGAAAAGGCAUUCGUGGCUGAGAAUAAGAACCAAGGGUAUUUCCAGACGGGAGGUCGUGUAAGAUAUAUCUAUCCCGGCAACAUCACCUCAUUCACAUUUGAGAAUGGAACGGUGCUUGACCUACCGAACCUAGCGAGGUUGAAGAAUUCCUGGGCGGGCGUCGUUGAUGGCCCAUCCUUCUUUAAGACUUUCUGCUCCGGUGCAACUCUUCAAGCCCAGGCCGCUUCGACGACUUCGUCCGCGACCGCGGCCACGAGUGCAGUCGUAGGAUACCCCGAUCCUGUCAUUAUUUCUGGUGAUUCUUCUAUCUCUGGUUAUUUCAUUGAUCAGCCCGGCUUUGAAGAUGUAGCAGUUCUUGUUAUGCUCUCUUUUUCGCCUGAAGACCCGGUUGAGUUCCAGCGCGUCGCCCAGGACUUCUACGCAGCUGCGGUGGAAGCGGGCAAGAAGAAGCUUGUCGUCGACGUGCAGGCCAACGGCGGUGGUUAUAUUUUCCUCGGAUAUGAUGGUUUCCGCCAGCUGUUCCCGGAUAUAGUCCAGGAGGGAUUGGGACGAUGGCGGCAGCACCCUGGGUUUGCGGCUAUCUCUACAGUGUUUUCGGAUAUCUCUGCCGACUUCGACCCGAAUACUGCCCCUGCCGAAAUUGUCAACGCAUACGAGUCUGUAUUCAACUGGCGAUAUGACCUCAACAUCACGGACGGAAACUUCACGUCAUACGAGGACAAAUUUGCACCACAAGAGUUCGGCGGCGAUACUUACACGGACCUCAUGCAGUGGAACUUCAACGACCCCCUGAGUACGAGUAAUGGGACCUUCGGCUUCGGGACUGAUAUCACGGGCUACCGUAGUCGUCAGAACUUUACGCGCCCGUUCGGUGGGCCCGAGAAUAUUGUACUCCUGCUCGAUGGGUACUGCGCGUCAACAUGCACUUUAUUCGCCGAAUUCCUUAGGUCUAAUGCGGGUGUGAAGAGCAUAGCCAUGGGCGGACGGCCGACCAAGAAAGGUCUUAUUCAGGGCGUCGGUGGAGUGAAGGGAUCGCAGAGCUACGGUUUCGACGACGUCUAUUCGCAGGCCCUUACGGCCCGAAAAUAUACGAAUGAUUCGGCCAUCCUUGAGACGCUAGGCAAGUAUACGACGUACGUCACCGAACGCAGUACGGCAGCCAGCCUCAACGUCAAAGACCAGAUCCUCCGUGGUAAUCUUGAGGAUGGUAUUCCCGCACAAUUCGUCGUCGAGGAAUCUGACUGCCGGCUCUGGUGGACAGCGCCCAUGGUUACCGACAUUACCGAACAAUGGAAAGCGGCCGCGACAGCAGCUUUCAAAGGUGGCAAGUGUGCUUACGGUGCUAUCGACUCUUCGACAAACCAAACCACGACCAAGAGGACAACAUCUGCCCAUGCUCCUGCCCCCUUUGACAAGCCGCGAUUCACCGUUCCGAUCAAAAUAGGGACCUCAGUCCCGCCUAAGAAGCGGGACGUUGGGCAGAAGAGCGCCAUCUUCAUGGCCAAUCAGUUUAUGAAGGCGGUAGACUAG